UUUUCUUCUACACUUUUUCUUUUUUGGGAUUUGGGAUUUUAAUGUUUUGGCAUAUGUAGUUUGUUUUAUGUGCGUCUUCGUUUGCUACCUCAGUAUCUUUUAUGUAUUAGUUGGAAAUGGAAUUUGAUCUGAUUAAAUGUCAUUGUAUCGUUUUAGAAUUCUUCAUGUCAUGCCAAACAAAACAAGUUAAGAUUCCUGUUUUGCAGUUGCUUAUCACGAGGUUCAUGGUUUUUUUUUCCCUCUUUAUCCUAUUGUUUGUUUAUUUUUAUGGUCGUUUUCAGAGCUAUUUAUCCUCUUAGCUUGUGUGUUUCAUGUGCCGUAGGACCUUUAGAAGCUCUGUAUGUUUUAGGUGGUUAUCCCUGUUGUUUGUUAGUCUAUUGGGAAGAUAUCUUUAGCAAGUCUUUUUCCACAUUUUGGACGAAAGGUUGCUAAUGCAAGGGCAAAAAGAAAAAAAUAAUCUUGAAUUAUGCGCUGGGGAAGCAAAGAAUAAAGGUUCAUUUCCAAAAGUUUUAACUUUGAACCUAAACCUUUAAGAAUUUGAAUGGGCUGGCUAAAUAAAUCCUGUUGAGUCCUAGAAUGAAUUGGUAUGGCAGCAUUUCUGCAUUGUGCACAAUCAUACUUUUGUGGUGAUAUGAUAGUGGAGUUUGUAUAUUCUUUCAGUGGCUGUACCUGGGUUUUCUUUACCACCUCUUAUGCCUGUCACAAUAUUUAGAGAUGAAACUUGUUCGGAUUGACUUCAGCAAAUUUGAACUUUGUUUUAUAGUCAGUGAUCAAGGAGUUGCCGAAGACAUUCAUUGUUUGUAGUGAAACCAAGACGUUUGGCAUUUUAACAGAUGGCAGAACUCAGAAAAAAAUUGAAUUGUUGAAAUUAUUUGCGUAAUUGUUUGUGAUCGUGUUAUACCUUGGCUUGCAGAGUAGUAAUAGGCAGCAUAGUCAAAAACAGAUCAUCUUCAGGAAGUGCAAGGAAAGAGAGGAGAUUAUUUCUACUAUUGACCAAUUUCCCAAGAUGCCUUUUUCGUAUCUGGCAACAGUUUUUUCAUAUGCUGUGGAAGGAUGGACCAUCAACUAUGGGGAGAAUUCCUCAUGGAGGUUAUGUCUCUAGGGAUGCAAGAUGUGAUGUAACUUGAUGAAAAUUUUCAAUUUUGCCAAGGAGAAAUGAUGAUGCAAGGAGAUUUUGAUUUGAAUCCAGUUCAAAUGCAUACAGAUCCACUUAAAGAAGUUCUAAAGCAGACAAUACUUGAUCAGGAUGUUGUAUUUAAGAAUCAGGUCCAUGAACUCCAUCGGCUAUACCGAGUGCAAGAAUCAUUAAUGAAGGAUUUUGGAUGGAAAGAGUGUAAUAGAUACAAUUCAUGGGAUCCAAAAGCUCAGUCAUCUCCUCUUCCUCUUAUACAUCCUACAAGAUAUCAAUCAUCGACAAAAGAAAAUGGAUUCUCCUCUACUGUCAAAGUGGACGCAAGUACAAUAAGCCAAGAGUUGUUAAAGGAUUGCCAAGUUACAUAUCCUAAGCUGCAGCACAGGCCUCUUGAUCUUCAACUUUCUGCUGAUGAAUUCAUUAACCAUGUUGAGGAGGAUCUUCCAAAGAAAGGCAAUUUUCAGAAUUGUUUAUAUGGUCUUAGAGACUUUCAGCUUCCCCUUUCUUGCAGUAACUUUUCAGAUGCAGAGGAAUUGAAGCUUUCCCUUAGCAUUGUAGGGAAUGAUAGACCAAUUGAAGGUACUAUGAGGACUUGUUUUAUGAAGAAAUCUUAUUCCUAUUCUCAAAAUGUGAUUGAUUUGGAAGAAUCAUUUGAGAGGAUACAAGAUGGGUAUGGAAAAUCGCCACCUCCUCAUGGCUGUGCCUUUCUGGGAACUCAUUCUGAAUGCAUGCAUGAAUCACAAGGUUCUCCUUUUAUUGAUCCAACCAUUUCAACCAUUGUGAAGAAAGAUCUAUCUCAUGUGAUUGCAGAAAUUAGUAUUCAAGAACAUAGUGAAUGUUGUCAAGAGGAGACAUUUUCUUGUGAAGGAUUUAGAGAGUGUCAUGAUGAUUUCCCAUCUGACAAUCUUUCCACUAAAAGACAAUUAUUCACUUCAGAUUUUGGAGGGCAGUUGGAUCUCAACAAAGUUAACUUGGAUGACUCAUCUUGUUGCUCAGAUGAUCAUAUGCUUGCCUAUCCUUCAACAAGCUCAAGGGGCAGUUCUGAUGGACUUACUGGCAGCAUGCAGGAUGGAACUUGUCCAAGAACAUUCAAGAAAAAUGAAGCCACUGAUUGCUUAAAUGAACCUUCUGAAUUGCUCAAAAAAGAUAAUGCUGUGAAUCUCACUUUCAUCGAUUUCAACAGCAAAAAUAAGGGCACAGACAUUUGGGCAAUAAAUAAUAAUAUUGUGGGGAGCUUUGUUGGUCCAGAAUCCAUGCUUAGCCCCACAAUAGGCAUUUCUGAAGAACUUUGUUGCUGCAGUAGAGAUCACAAGAAUGACAGUGUUGAACUAAAGCCAAAACUUGCUAGUGAAGUAAGUUGUGACAAGAGUGAGAUAGGGAAUGCUAAUUUUUCAUGUACUGCUCAAAGUCAAAAUACAAUAGAUAGACAUGGCAACAAAUCUCCUGCUUCCUGCAAGUCCUGCAUCUCUGAUAAUGAUUCAAGCAGUGCAAAGACGAAACAUUACUUAGGAUCUCAAGUUGCUGAUGUCUUAACAGGCAAGCCUGACCAAAGAGCUUCUGACAGUGGCGACUUAAAAAUAGGCUGCUACAAGAGGAAAGAAGAAUCAGCUGAAGUAGAUGUUCUGAUGCAACAAGCAGCUGAAUUGCUUAUCCAUUUAUCCUCAGAGCGUUCAGCUUGUGAUGAGGACUCUUCUGAAAAAGUGGGAUCCAAAGAGAUGGAAGAUUGCAAGAGAGAGCGACCAGAAUGUUCCUUUGAUUCUUUUGAGUUAAUCACUCUAAAUCUAGAAGAAACCAACAUGGAUGACAAUUCUGUAUCAUCAAAGCCAUUUGAAGUAAAUGACAUGGAGAUGAAGGAUUUCGGGCUUAAGUUGAGACGGGGAAGAAGAAUGAAAGAUUUCCAGAGGGAGAUAUUACCGAGCCUUGCAUCCCUUUCAAGACAUGAAAUUCUUGAAGAUGUUAACAUUAUGGAGGGAGUUUUAAGAUCCAGAGAGUACCGUAAGUACAGAGCCAAGAUGGCAACUCAAGGAGAGAAAUGGUCUGCACCAGUGAGAAGUAGAAGGUCGAGACUUCGUUAUGCAGGAAGAAGAAAUUUUUCAUGAAAGUUCAUUAGAAUUUGAUAAUAGAUUUAGCGCAUUUGAACGUAAACCCAUUAUGGUUCUGUACACCAUGAUUGCAAAUAUUGUGUUGAGUCAUUUACAUGGUUUAGAUAUUAGAAUCAUUCACUUUCAGAAAGAUAAUGGAUUUUCAUUUCUUGUUUUCGUUCCUGCUGCUCCUCUGAUUUUUUUGCCAGGGGAGGAUCAGAAAGGUGCCAUUACGAUUUUAUUGGGUCAAUUUCAUCGAUUUUCCUCGAUUUUAUUGAAA